GCCAAAGAAGUGUUAUCAGACACAGGAAUGUCAAUGCAUUUAAAUAUAUUCCAGCAUCCGCGUUAUUACGCGCUUUCGUUGGGUCGACCUGGCAUGGGUUCCUGCAGAAUCCGUCGCUGGAGGCGCGUCAAGCUGCAACACGCAGAACCGUGGAGAGAUACGGGGUUUUACUCGUUCAAAGAGCGAGGAAGAGACGUUUUCGUGCAAAUUGAGUUAAUGAGCGAGAUUAUUCCAGUGCCAUGUUAUUUCAAUUGCAGCUGGAGCGUGUCUCACGCCUGGGCGCGUGCCCCACAUGUUCGCAGGGGUGAAGCGUUGAGGCGCGUCUGGCCGGGCACGAGGCGCGUCAGCGCGGCGCGGCGCAGGUAGGCGUGGAGAGCCGCGCGCCUUGACUCGAAAUCCGGAACGAGCGCUGGAUGAAAAAAAAAAAAACAACAAAAAACACAGCGCGAAGACCUUUUUAAACUAAGCAGAAAGUCGUCAGAAAGUUACCGCGGCAGUUUGACGGCAAGAAGCGCGGUUACGGUUUGAGGGUGUGUUCCUACAUCUUCACAAGUUCAGUUGUAACCUCAGAUUAACCUCGUCAUCCAAUGGCUUACGGUAGACUUCAUGACCACUGAAGACCCCCGUGUCUAGUCUUCUAUGGAGCCUGAACAGGAAAUUACUUGGUGGCUGACCAAUCUGCACCUGCCCCAGUAUGCCUCCAGCUUCUCCCGGGCUGGCUACCGUUGCCUUAAGGACCUCAGGAGCAUUACUGAGGAGAAGCUUCUCGAGAUGGACAAUAUUCCCACGGGACACCGGCGGAGGAUCCUUAGCAGCCUGGAGACUCUGAUGAUGGAAAUAGAUGGAGGGAAAGUGCCAGUGAAAAGAAAGCCAAUGCCAAGACCUAGACAGGUGUUUCCCAAGGCUAACCAGAGAGGAACGUCCUUUCAGCAUUCUCAGGGCAGUGACAUUCAGAUGGCAAGACAAACUCUUCUUUCGCAGACUAUUGCUUAUUCAGAGCGGAUGGCCGUUGGAUCUCAUACACUUCCUAGUGCUACUGUUUCCUCCAGCUCUAGCUCUGCCUCUGAGCAUGGCAGCAGCGAAUCACUGGAGAACUUUUCAGAAGAACCUAUUCCAGAUCAGAAUAAUGACUUUUCCUCAGAAGGAGCUUCUGUAAGGUUUCUGGGAGAAAUGGUUGAAAAUGAAAUAUAUGAGCAGUGCACCUUCACUAAAGAGUCCUAUGAGCCGAGGUCCACCCGCUCCUAUAAACUACGACACAGGCCUGUUCCAGAGAUCCCUGAACAUCCCUACAUACCUCCUUAUGACUGGAAUGUGGCAGCAAACAACAAUGACCAUCUCACAAAGUCUGAGGGACCCACCUGCCCCAAAGGCAGUCAGAAAGCAUCACUUCAAAGGACCUUGUCCCCCAUUGCCCCAUACGGAGAGCUUUUUCUGUACAAUUCAGCAGAAAAGGAACCGGAUGUGGACAACGAUGUUAUGUCCAGUCAAGGAAUAAAAGAAAACCUGGAUCAACAGAAGUCAAGCAAGCAGACACAAAACCAAGAAAGACCACACAACAACAAGAAACGAGGGGUUUCCAAGCAGCAUUAUGUCCAUGAUGAUGAUGACGAUUACUCCACUGUCCAAGAAUCCACGCUUAGUCAGCGAUUGGCUGAUGAAUGCUCGUUUAAACAUCCUACACCACCUACUCUUCAUAUGAGCACUGGACCAUCUAUGGGCAUGCCACAAACAGAUGUGAAGGACAUAUACAGUAUGGCACAAAAUGACCUACCAGGCAUACCGAGACCAAACCUUCCUUCUCUAGCAGAAGUUUCCAUUUCUCCUUAUGCCUGUUUCUUUGGGACCCGUACUGCUGCAGCCAAAGGAGGCUGGCUAGACAAACUCUCUCCUCAAGGGAACUGUGUCUUUCAGAGAAGAUGGGUGAAGCUUGAAGGAGGAAAUCUCACUUACUACAACAGCGAUAAGGAGAUGUACUCGAAGGGCCUGAUACCUAUUUCAGCAGUUAAACAAGUUCGUGCACUGGGUGAGAAUAGGUUUGAGGUGGUCACGUCUGUAAGAACCUUUGUGUUUCGGGCAGAGAAAGAAGGAGAUCGUCAGGAUUGGCUGGAGGUUCUCCAUUCUGCUGUGAGCUCCCAGCCCUCCAUUUCCCAUCAGCCUCGCAAAAAUAACACAAACAAGAGUGGCUACGUCGAGCUGCGUGGCCUCAAAGGAAGAGUCUACCUCAGCCUCAUGGGAACCAGCUUCAGACUCUGUAAAACAGACCAGGACUUUCAUGCCGGGCUGGCCAUCACGCUGGUGGACCUGACGGCUGCGUGUGUGAAACAAGUUGAGAGGAAAGGAUUUGAGAUCACUACACCUUUCAAAUCCUUCUGUUUCACAGUGGAAUCUGAGCGUGAGAGAGAGGAGUGGAUAGAAGCAGUUCAGGAGUCCAUCGUGGAGACGUUGUGCAAUUAUGAGGUGCUGGAGAAGGUUUGGUUCAACAAGUCCAAUAGGAUGUGUGCUGAUUGUCAGGCUCCUGAGCCGGAAUGGGCCUCCAUCAACCUGUGUGUGGUCAUCUGCAAGAAUUGUGCUGGUCAGCAUCGAUUCCUGGGUCCUGGGAUCUCCAAGGUCCGCAGUAUGAAGCUAGACAGCAGCAUAUGGACCAACGAGCUCAUUGAGCUGUUUUUAGAUGUUGGAAAUAAAAAUUCCAACAGCUUCUGGGAAGCAAAUCUUCCCCCAGAGCAGGAGCUUUGCAUGCAGCCAUCUCUGGAGCAGCGCGCAUCCUUCGUUCGCAGGAAGUACAAAAAAAGAAAGUACAAGAAAGUUCUAGAAGGUCUAAACACUCAAGAGGAGCUCAACAAGGCCCUGUGUGCUGCAGUGGUUCUCCCCGACAUCCAGCAAACCAUGGCCCUGGUUUUCAGCGGGGCGGAUGUGAUGUGUGCAACCGGUGACCCUGAGUACUCCACCCCCUAUCUAUUGGCUCAGAAAGCAGGACAGAGGCUGCAGAUGGAGUUUCUCUACCACAACAAACUCUCAGAUUUUCCUAAGCUGGAAGCAGUAUUUGACAGCAGUUUUUCGGCUGAUGUUCCUUCUUUUAUGGAUGGAUUUCUCUAUUGCUCUGUGAACGUCGGUAAGGCCACUCUGGAACGGAAAGGAAGACCCGACCUGGUCCGCCGUUGGUGUACGCUGGAAGGUGGAUUUCUUAGUUACUAUGAAAAUGAGAAGAACGCGACACCCAUAGGCCGGGUUGACGUGGGCGACGUAGUGAGCCUGGCCAUCAACAACACUGAAAACAUCACCGAAACAGGGCCAGUGUUCACCUUUGAGUUGUACCUGCGCUCUCAGAGAGUUCUGGUGUUCGGAGCGGAGACCUCGGACGCACAGCAGGAUUGGACACAUGCCAUCACCAAGUGUUUCGUCCCUGCAAGGGCAGAUGCUCUGCUGAGGCAGGACGGCGAGCUUAUUGGCCGACUGCACUAUAAAGAGGGGCACGACCUUUAUCAUUGGCGAAUGGGAUGGUUUGCUCUGGCGGGCUCAGAACUCUACUUCUGUUCUGGAGAUGAAGAUGAAGAGGAGGGAGUUCUUCAGCUCAAACGCCUACAGGAGCUUACUGUGUCCACUUAUAUGGAGGGCGAUGAGAAGAUUCAGGUCUUACUCAUGGUUGAAAGUGGGAGAACUGUGUACAUACAUGGCAUAACCAAGCAGGACUUUGCACUGUGGCAUUCUUCCAUCCAGUUGGCAGCUGGGACAGACGGUAUGGCUCUCGGCAACCAGCAGAUGAAUAAAAAUGAUGUUCCCAUCAUUGUGGAUAGCUGCAUUGCUUUUGUCACCCAAUAUGGUCUGUGUUAUGAGGGAAUUUACCAGAAGAACGGUGACCCCGGCCGCGUAGCCCAGCUCCUGCAGGACUUUACCAAGAACGCUCGGGUUGUUAAGCUACGGGCCCAAGACCACCGACUAGAGGAUGUCACAGACACACUCAAGAGCUUUCUGUCUCACAGUGAAGAUGCUCUCUUGGCUAAAGAGCUGUACCCUUUUUGGAUAUCUGUCCUUGAUGAACAGGAUCAGAAGGUCAGAGUACAAAAAUAUUCAUCCUACAUUCAGAGUUUACCCAAGGUCAACAGGUCAACACUUGGUGCUCUCCUGCAGCAUCUGUACAGGAUCCAGAGGUGCUCGCAUAUCAACCAGAUGAACACGCAGAAUCUGGCGUGUGUUUUCUCCUCGUGCCUGUUUCAGACGGAGGGACACACGGCUCCGGAGACCCGCGUGGUGGAAGACCUCAUCAACAAUUACAUCCAGCUCUUUUCCGUCAAUGAAGAGCAGGUUAGGCAAAUGGAGAAAGAAAACAGCUUUAUCACCAGGUGGAAGGACACCACGUUCUCUCCUGCUGGUGACCUGAUAUUUGAAGUCUACUUGGAAAAAAAGGAGCCAGAGAAGUGCUGUUUAAUCAAGGUGUCUCCUAGCAUGAGGUCAGACGAGCUUGCCAUCGGCACUCUGGAGAUGAAGGGGAUUGAGGUCAAAGCUCAAGAUCUCUGGACCACUUUUGAGGUCAUUGAGAAUGGAGAGAUGGAGCGGCCCUUACACUACAAAGAGAAGAUUCUGGAGCAGGUAUUGGAGUGGAGCUCUCUGGAGGAUCCCAGCUCGGCCUUCCUGCUCAUUAAGAAAUACUCUGGUUCUAAAAUGACAGAUUCCAACUCAGACAAACUGAAGGAUUUCAUUAAAGGAGAGCAACUCAAAUUCAAAGACGGUUCUUCCAAACUGCUUUUGGGGAAUAAGUUUCAGGACCGAUACCUGGUACUACAAGACAAAAAACUGCUGUUAUACAAAGACAUAAAAAGUACCAAACCUGAAAGAGAGGCUCCACUAAUGUCUGUUAAAUGUUACUUAGGGCUACGAAGGAAGUUGAAACCAACAAGCAGUUGGGGAUUUACUGUUUAUACUGAAAAGCAGCAGUGGUAUUUCUGCUGUAAAGGGAAUGAUUCUCAGCAGGACUGGGUCACCUCCAUUAUCAGAGUGAAGCAUGCCAGUGACUUAUGGCCUAAAGACCUAAGACAGAGUGCAUCGUUACCUUAUAACCUGAGCAGAGGAAGAACAUCCACUUACAGCACUGCAAAGACCAGCACAGCCAAACACCAGAGAGAGGCUAAAGGGAAGUCAGUCCUCGCUACGAGUACAGAAGGUUCAAACGCACGAAACCAAAUGACCACAGAUGUGAGCAACCAACCGGACUUGAUGCAUAAAUUGGCAAGCGGUGAAGGAACUUCGAGUGUCUCCGGGCUUGAAAUGGGGAUUGAUGACACACUCCGGUCUCAGCGUAGACCAUCGCUUCAACAAGACCCCGGCGCUCUCACCCUGCUAUCACAGAAGAAGGUGCCCAGCAGAGGUGCGCAGUUGCCACAAAACAUCAUUAAUGAACUAAGUACUGUUCUCAACAAAACGGGACGCUCUCUGAAAGAAGACAAUUAAGAGAGAUAUACAGAGACAGAAAGACAAGAGCCUAGUCUGUUGCUCUUCCAUUAUGCUUGAGGAAAAACCAAGAACAAAUCAACCCACGAAGCACAGCAGCAGGAUUUUUUUUAGCGUAUGGACUUGGAGAGUAAACGUGCUUACUCACAUUUGGGUAAAGACUUUUUUUGAGCACAACUACAGCUAUUUGCCAAAGAUUUGCUUUGAGCCUUUAUCCUUCAAUUUAGAACGAUAUAAUUCAGUAUUAUUCAACAUCAGUGAUUGUUUUAGACUUUUGCAUUAUGACAUGCAUUUCAUUCUCACAUCUGUUUUUGAGGCUGAAAAAGACACUAACUAGACAGCAAAUGUUACUAUAUCGUCUUAAAUCUUUCCUAUUUUGAAACUGGUUGUUCUGAGAUGAGUGAAUUGGCAACAUUAGCAUUAGUUAAAGUUGGCACAAAAUCGAAUUUUAUCCUAUUUUUAUAUAUUUUUAUCUGUUUACUUUCAAUGAUAAUGUGCUUCAGUAAAACAAUACUUUUACAUUCAUGGUGAAAUGUCCAUCGCAAUCCGAAAAAGGAUCCUGCUCUUCCAGGAGGAAAAAAAAGUGCACUUCCAUAAUGUAUUUGCGACACAACUUUAAUCUAUUAGGUAAUAUAAGCUGUGAAUAAUGCUUUUGCAGCAUUAGUAAGUCUAGGUUAAGGUAAAUUUCUGAAUAUUUAACACAUUUAAUAAAAUGAACCGUUGUGCUACACUAAAAGGUUGUUAGUUAGAUACCUUAUACACUGGCUAAUUUUUUUAAUUAAUUUUUUUUAUUUUAUUUUUUGGUUGUAUUUUGAUCAUUUUAAUACCUAUGUGCCUCAAGAUUUACCAAGCAUGUUUUUGACUCGAGAAUUGCGUGGCCUUUUUAUAGUUGGGUACAGAAAUAGUCCUGCUGUUUUCCCUCAUUCUCAUUCCUCUGUUUUCGUGCCAGCGGAGGUUGAAGACACUACCAGACAAUGAUGCUCCAAUUGCAUUGAUCUGUUUAGAACUUAUCAAACCUCCAUGUAAUGAAAGUGGCUGUUCAGAAGUGAGCUGAAUUAGUCAUUACAAUCCUAAUGGUCUACCACGUGUUUUUUUUUUUUUUUUCGAGAGAAUCUUGUGCCUAUUUAUAGUUGGAUACAAAACUUACCCAGCAUUCCAAACACUCCAAAGUUGUUGAAUAAUGCAUAGUAGUAGGAGAGCGUACACGUUGAAUAUUGUCACCCAGUUUGAUAUUAAAUAUUUAUAGUUGACAUUUUAUGUAGAUUAUGAAUCACUUAACAUCCAUCUGCAUUUCAUGGUGGUUUUUAAAAUGGUAAUCGUGCACUCUUCCUGUCAUCAAAACAUAUAACAUAUACUAAAGUCUGUGUGACAUGUAAAUAAAGUUAAAUGGUUCAUAUAGUACACUAGGAUUCAGGUUUGUGGUUGGUUUAAAUAUUUAAUUUUUAAAAGACAUCUUGUACUCUCACCAAGGCUGAGUAUUUUGAUAAAAAAAAAAACAGUAUAUAUAUAUAUAUAUAUAUAUAUAUAUAUAUAUAUAUAUAUAUAUAUAUAUAUAUAUAUAUAUAUAUAUAUAUAUAAAUAAAUAAAUAUCAAAUUUUUUUUUAAAUACUAUUACAGUUUAAGAUAACUAUUCACUAUUUUUAACACGUUAAAUAUUUUUUUAUAAAAACAAAACCAUAAAAACAUGACAUGAAAUGCAUUUUUAUUUUGUUAUGUGUGUGUUUCAAAAUGUAACUAUAAUGAACAUAAAAGCAGUAAAUUAAAUAAAAUCUAAAAGAUCAAUGCUACUACAUCGAACAGCAGUUUAAUGCAUCUUUCCUAGAUAAAAGCAAAAAAAAUGUAAAUCUUACCUCAAGCUUUUGUACGGUAAUGUAUAUACUGUAUAUUGAUUGUAUAAAUGUUGCAUCCGCUUAUUUGCAGUCACUUUCCAAGUGCUCUCUCAACUCCUUCGACGUCUGUAUAAAUAUACUCCCGGCACACUGCCAGUAUUUUAUGAUCUGCUUGUAAAAGUAUGCCGCUGCCA